AUGCGAUUCCUUUCACGUGCAACGGAUGGUUUUGUUUUGCAGGAUAUUGAACUUGUGGAUCUGCGACUUUCCGGCAACUUUUACUUCUUCAUGAUUUGCGCUCUGAAUGUGGUACAGACCAUCGUCAUCAUAAUGCUGUCAACACCGCUGUUCGGUGUUGUUGUAGUUCCAAUCGCUCUCGUUUAUAUUUUCAUUCUGCGUUACUUCAUCGACACAUCAAGACAGCUACAAAGACUUUCCUCUGUGACUCGUUCACCGAUAUAUUCGCACUUUAGUGAAUCACUUCAAGGAGUUUCUUCGAUAAGAAGUUAUAACGCUGUUCAGCGUUUUUGCGACCUUAACGUCAACAAGGUUGACACACACAUCAAAUGUAAGUAUUCCUCGUUGAUGGCGAAUCGUUGGCUGUCUGUUCGACUGGAAAUAAUAGGCAAUUUUGUGGUUUUAUUUGCUGCACUCUUCGCGGUGCUUGCGAAAAUCGAGGGGACAGCAACGGCUGGUACGAUUGGUCUUAGCGUAUCGUACAGCUUGAAUGUGAGUUCGAUGACUGUUAAGAAUGAUAAUCAUAACUUCUUUAAUGAUCACGUAAACAUUUCAUUUUUAACUUCUUUAAUCUCAACUACCUCAAUAAUUCAUUCACAACAAAAUAAAACACUUCAUUAUCAUCAUUUCAUUUGGGAUCUCUUCAAGGCACCUUGGUAUUUGGAAUCCUCGAAUCAACUUCAUCCCAAAUGUUGGCCAUUCGCUGGUGAAAUUGAAUUCCAAAACUACUCUGCAAGGUACCGACCAGGGUUGGAUUUGGCCCUGAGGAACAUCAAUGUCACGAUAAACGCACGUGAAAAAGUCGGAAUUGUUGGUAGAACUGGUGCAGGUAAAAGCUCAAUGACACUAGCCCUUUUCCGUAUCAUCGAAGCAGACAAGGGAUCGAUAAGAAUUGACGGUUUGGAUAUCGCAUCAGUUGGUCUGCAUCAGUUGCGAUCCAACAUUACAAUAAUACCUCAAGUUCGUUACACUCUUCACCUUGCCCAGAAUUACGUGCAUUCACUCGUCAAUUCUGCGUAA